GUUCAGACAGAUCGAUACUUAUAAUCAUUUCCGAAAAUAAACUGAUUACUAAGAAAUGGCACCAAAUCGGUUUUAAAUGUGGAGGCUGGCGGAUACCGAGCGGAACGUUCCAUCGAAGCCGAGGGCAGUACUUGACGAGCACAGAGUGCACGACAUAUCAACGCCGGCAUUCAAUUAUGAGCAUUUCUCAGGCUGUUCUAAACGGUGAAAAAUAUCAGCUUCAAAAAAGAACUGUGAUUCUUGGUAUCAGCCCUGGCAAUCCGCAUUAUUACAAGAUAGAAACCCUCGAACGGUUGUUCGAUUUAGCCGGAAGGACCUCGGAAAAGGUGAGUUUAUUUUAUAUGAUCCAUCUGAGAGAAUUACUUUUGGAGUAUGUCUCGUCAACACGGAUGAAUUAACGAAACGCCUCUCUAAGAAUCAUCCCUUUUUUUGCAGGUCUUUCUUUUUAUUCCGGACAAAAUAUCCGAACACAACUAUCGUGCUGUAGGUUCCAAGAACCCCGAGAAGUCCGCGCGUAUCAAAUGCAAUCGCCUGCGAAACAAAUGCAAUGAAGCCAUCCAAAGUAGCGGCCUUCGCGAUGUGUCCCACAGCUUCAUAAGGUGGACAGAGGAGGUGGAAAGCUGUCAUGAAUACAAAAAGGCCUUAGAGAACAUCAAAAACCUGUACGAAGUGAAUGAUGACUUUCACAACGACGUUAGACAAUCUACCGUGGUGGCAUUAAGAUGUCUCAAAAACGGCCGUGAAAGGGGAGGUUCUGAUAAUGAAAACAAAUCAGCUGAGGCCGACAGUAACGUAGACUUGGACGAAGGGGUGCAGUAUCUUCUGAAAGAGCUCGCUUUCUUUUUAGCAGUGCCGAACAUUUAUAAAGAUUGCAAUAAUUUUGUUUUUGUGUAUCAUCGUCCCUGGCCAGUUUUAGAAAGGUUCUUUGGUGGGUUUUAUGAUGGUGUUGAAAAGCCAUCUUUAGGUUUUGUCGUUUUUGAAUGACAUACCUUAGAUAUAAGCCAUCAAGUCGAGGACAGCAUUAAAUAAUGUUUAAGAUAAGAAUAGACACAAAGUUACUGGAAAAAAAAAACGCAAUUGACCCGUAGUCGAUCAGUAAUGAAAAUGAAUGUAGAUCUUUUGAAAAUUAUGAUAUCUGGAAU